AUGCUGGACGUAGCGAUUGGUUCUCGGGCGAGAAUUCGUGAGCGAGAAGAUCUGAAUCUGCAACACCUGCGCGACAAUGGACGGCCAGGGAUGGACGGCCAAGGAUGGACGGCCAGGGAUGGGGACGGCCAGGGAUGGACGGCCAGGGAUGAAUUGGGAGGAAGGAAGGAGGGAGUCGACGGGGAUAGGGGAGGGAGGGGAGAGGGGAUAACUAAGAGAAAAAUUACUGCUCUCUCUUGUCCCAUUCCUCAGGAUCCCUCUUCCGUCGUCUCUACGUCGCCUGUCCCCACUUCCCCCGUCCUUAAUCUCCCCAUCCCUACUAUACCCGUCCCUACUAUCCCCCUCCCUAAUAUCCCCGACCCUACUAUCCCCGUCCCUACUAUCCCCGUCCCUACUCUCCCCGUCCCUAUUACCAUAUCCUCGUCCCUCUUCUCUUCUCCCCGUCCCUACUCUCCCCGUCCCUAUUCCCUCCGGGCCUACUCUCCCCGUCCCUACUCUCCCCGUCCCUACUCUCCCCGUCCCUACUCUCCCCGUCUCUACUCUACUCUCCCUGUCCCCACUCUUCCCGUCCCCACUCUCCCCGCCCCCACUCUCCCCGCCCCCACUCUCCCCGUCCCUACUCUCCCCAUCCCUACUCUUUCGUCCCUCCUCUUCCCGUCCCUCCUCUCUCCGUCCCUACACUCGCCGUCCCUACUCUCCCCGCCCCUACUCUCCCUGUCCCUACUCUCCCCGUCCCUACUCUCCCCGUCCCUACUCUCCCCGUCCCUACUCUCCCCGUCCCUACUCUCCUCGACCCUACUCUCCCCGUCCCUACUCUCCCCGUCCCUACUCUCCCCGUCCCUACUCUCCCCGUCCCUACUCUCCGCGACCCUACUCUCCCCGACCCUACUCUCCCCGUCCUUCCUCUCCCGUCCUUCCUCUCCCCGACCCUACUCCCCCCGUCCCUACUCUCCCCGCCCCCACUCUCCCCGUCCCUCCUCUCUCUGUCCCUACACUCGCCGUCCCUACUCUCCCCGCCCCUACUCUCCCUGUCCCUACUCUCCCCGUCCCUACUCUCCCCGUCCCUACUCUCCCCGUCUCUACUCUACUCUCCCUGUCCCCGCUCUCCCCGUCCCCACUCUCCCCGCCCCCACUCUCCCCGCCCCCACUCUCCCCGUCCCUACUCUCCCCGUCCCUACUCUUUCGUCCCUCCUCUUCCCGUCCCUCCUCUCCGUCCCUACACUCGCCGUCCCUACUCUCCCCGCCCCUACUCUCCCCAUCCCUACUCUCCCCGUCCCUACUCUCCCCGUCCCUACUCUCCCCGACCCUACUCUCCCCGACCCUACUCUCCCCGUCCUUCCUCUCCCGUCCUUCCUCUCUCCGACCCUACUCCCCCCGUCCCUACUCUCCCCGCCCCCACUCUCCCCGUCCCUCCUCUCUCUGUCCCUACACUCGCCGUCCCUACUCUCCCCGCCCCUACUCUCCCUGUCCCUACUCUCCCCGUCCCUACUCUCCCCGUCCCUACUCUCCCCGUCUCUACUCUACUCUCCCUGUCCCCACUCUCCCCGUCCCCACUCUCCCCGCCCCCACUCUCCCCGCCCACACUCUCCCCGUCCCUACUCUCCCCGUCCCUACUCUUUCGUCCCUCCUCUUCCCGUCCCUCCUCUCCGUCCCUACACUCGCCGUCCCUACUCUCCCCGCCCCUACUCUCCCUGUCCCUACUCUCCCCGUCCCUACUCUCCCUGUCCCCACUCUCCCCGUCCCCACUCUCCCCGCCCCCACUCUCCCCGCCCCCACUCUCCCCGUCCCUACUCUCCCCGUCCCUACUCUUUCGUCCCUCCUCUUCCCGUCCCUCCUCUCCGUCCCUACACUCGCCGUCCCUACUCUCCCCGCCCCUACUCUCCCUGUCCCUACUCUCCCCGUCCCUACUCUCCCCGUCCCUACUCUCCCCGUCCCUACUCUCCCCGUCUCUACUCUACUCUCCCUGUCCCCACUCUCCCCGUCCCCACUCUCCCCGCCCCCACUCUCCCCGCCCCCACUCUCCCCGUCCCUACUCUCCCCGUCCCUACUCUUUCGUCCCUCCUCUUCCCGUCCCUCCUCUCCGUCCCUACACUCGCCGUCCCUACUCUCCCCGCCCCUACUCUCCCUGUCCCUACUCUCCCCGUCCCUACUCUCCCUGUCCCCACUCUCCCCGUCCCCACUCUCCCCGCCCCCACUCUCCCCGCCCCCACUCUCCCCGUCCCUACUCUCCCCGUCCCUACUCUUUCGUCCCUCCUCUUCCCGUCCCUCCUCUCCGUCCCUACACUCGCCGUCCCUACUCUCCCCGCCCCUACUCUCCCUGUCCCUACUCUCCCCGUCCCUACUCUCCCCGUCCCUACUCUCCCCGUCCCUACUCUCCCCGUCCCUACUCUCCCCGACCCUACUCUCCCCGUCCUUCCUCUCCCGUCCUUCCUCUCCCCGACCCUACUCCCCCCGACCCUACUCUCCCCGUCCCUACUCUCCCCGUCCCUACUCUCCCCGUCUCUACUCUACUCUCCCUGUCCCCACUCUCCCCGUCCCUACUCUCCCCGUCCCUACUCUUUCGUCCCUCCUCUUCCCGUCCCUCCUCUCUCCGUCCCUACACUCGCCGUCCCUACUCUCCCCGCCCCUACUCUCCCUGUCCCUACUCUCCCCGUCCCUACUCUCCCCGUCCCUACUCUCCCCGUCCCUACUCUCCUCGACCCUACUCUCCCCGUCCCUACUCUCCCCGUCCCUACUCUCCCCGUCCCUACUCUCCCCGACCCUACUCUCCCUGUCCUUCCUCUCCCGUCCUUCCUCUCCCCGACCCUACUCCCCCCGUCCCUACUCUUCCCGCCCCCACUCUCCCCGUCCCUCCUCUCUCCGUCCCUACACUCGCCGUCCCUACUCUCCCCGCCCCUACUCUCCCUGUCCCUACUCUCCCCGUCCCUACUCUCCCCGUCCCUACUCUCCCCGUCCCUACUCUCCCUGUCCCUACUCUCCCCGACCCUACUCUCCCCGACCCUACUCCCCCCGCCUACUCUCCCCGUCCCUACUCUCCCCGUCCCUACUCUCCCCGUCCCUACUUUCCCAUCUCCUUCACAGGUACAGGUGCGCACGAUUGGUGGGAAUGGCGGGCAGCGGCGCGACGAUACGCGCGCUUGGCGGACGGUGCUGGUGCGAACGGCGAUAUUCACUUCACACCCCUACUGCCACGCUCUCGCGACUCCCACGGACGGAUGCGAGGUGACUCAGACUGGCGCACUCGCUGUGCGAAGGCGCGUUCGGCGGACGGUGCUGGUGCAAAUGGCGAGCUGCGCAGCACUACUGGCGGCCCGCGCGAGCGUGUCAUGGCGGGCAGACGACAAGCGGCGCGACGAUACGCGAAGUGGCGAAGCAGGCAGGAGUGGUUGGUAG